GUUGGGCUGCAGAGCGUUCAUUUGCUAUUAGUCUUCAGCAGAGAGAAAUAAAUCCAGCACAGAGAGAGAGACACUCACACACCUGAGAGGAUGGAAGAGCACAACGACGCCCUGCUGGAGAGAGCCUCCAGCUCCGAGACUGUGACCGAGCCGAGGCGGAGCCCCAAUGGUAAAGCACUGAAGGUGGCCGGUCUGACCGUGCUGGCUUGUCUCCUGCUGGCUGGUCAGGCUUUCACGGCCUACUAUGUCGUGGGACAGAAGGAUCAUCUCCAAGCUCUGGAGCAGGGUCAGGACACCCUGAAGAAGGAGCUGACUCGCAUGCUAACAGUUGCUCCUAAAAUGAUGAACACUCCCAUGAGCAAAAUGCCACUGAUGAGGGCCUUUGAUGAGGCCAGCCCAAAACAGCGCGUACCACUCACGAGACUGCAGUCAUCCAGCUUCCCAAGCCAGAAGGAGGGAAGUGGUCUUGUGGAUGAAGGCCCCAGAGUAAUUGCCCAGAGCAAGAGGAUGGUUGCCACCAUGAACCACAUGCCUCUGUACAGUCUGCAAAAGCUCGAGGAGGAGGAAAAGACCUCGGAGCUUCCUGCUUUCGUGUUGGAGACUAAGUGUAAGAUUGAGGCUGGGCAGGUCAAACCAGGCUUCUUCGAGCCACAGUGUGAUGAGGAGGGCCACUUCAAGCCCAAGCAGUGCUGGCACAGCACUGGCUACUGCUGGUGUGUGGAUAAGAACGGCAAGGAGAUCCCUGGCACUCUGACACGUGGACCACUGGAAUGUGGCAGUGAACCUGUUCUUGAAGAAGCCCCAGCCAACUAAAAGCUUGGCUAAAGCCAGCUGAAUGGGAAAAAUGGAAGUUGAAAUCGUACAUCCUAAAUCAAACGGACUCUAUCAAUAAAAAUCAGAUACUAUUAGCUAUCCUGUCCAGUAUCUGUCUUUUAUCUGACUCAUUAUUUCACAGCAGAUUUGCGUAACGUGAUUACUUCUUGAUUAUAACAAAUAAAUUCAUUUAGCAUCUCAUUCUGUUUUGUUCUAUUUAGAUUAGAUGUUUACUGGUAAUUACUGUUACAUUCAUACCAGUUGCUAAAUACUGACACACAUUAUGCUCAUGUGGCUGUAUUUAUUUCUGAUCUAUGUUUAUUAUUGAUUUGCCUAUUUUAAAAUUUUUUAACUUAAGGCAUGUUUGGAGAUGGCAAAAGACUGUAGGUGAUGGUUCUAUGAAUAAAAAGGAAUGUAUUGUAAAUAAGUGGCCUUCGAAUAAACUAUGUCUCACUCUUCUAAA